AUGGUCCUUGAAUCGACGGUUGUUUGGUAAAACUCUUUGACAAUUUUCCACCUUUUUGUAGCUUCGUAAGUAUGGUAACGUCUUGUCACAUUUUUCUUUAAUGAUCUCCUUUCUUUUACAGUGUUGAUAAUAGUGAGUGGAUGAGAAAUGGCGAUUUCCUUCCCACGAGAUUACAAGCACAGCAAGAUGCGGUCAGUAUGGUUUGUCGUUCAAAAACUCGACAAAAUCCAGAGAAUAAUGUUGGUCUGAUAACCUUAGCUAGGUAAGUGAAUGGGCAUUUUAGAGGCUGUCCGCGUAAGAACCGAGAAGGCAAAUUUCUGUCUAUUACAGACUGCCCUGAUUUUUUCAGUGGAAGAUAACUAUCCUAUCCCAUGAAAAUCAAGAAAUAUCACAUUUAUUUGAACCAAUUCAGUUUUUUCUCUGUAUUACAGGAAUAUUUUCGAGGUCACCUAAAACAAGCCAGUUUGCCGUCGGAAGUGGUGCUAUUUUGCUGAAAGUUUACGGCUCUGUCAAACCUGCCUUACAAAGCCUAAUAAGCUAAAUAUUUUACACACAAAAGUUCCAACUCUGAUUAACAGUUUCAAGGUUUAAUGAUUGCAUUCUGUGGAAAGUUGGCUGAGAUAUGAAUUUUUUAAUAUGAUCUUUAAUUUGCUUGGCAGAGUAAUUGUGCAAAAGUGACACCUGGCCCAGACUCAAGUCUAUGCUAAAACAGAAGUGCUAAGACCAGUCUACUUCUUAAUGCAGUAAAAUUGUGGGCACUCUUCUUUGUGUGCUGUACAAAGUUCCGUUAAUGUUCCAAAAUUCGCCAUAUUCACCGCAAAGCUGGAAUUGUAACAGUUUACAUAUGAUGUACUAAUUUCCAUGCCUAUAAUGUUUCUAGUUAUCACCAAAUGUCAUUAGACCCUGUAAAUGUUGGAAUUUUGAAAACAUAUGGAGAAAACUUGGUAGUCGCUUUUGUUGUUGUUUUUUUCCUUCUCGACAAUGGACAUGACAUAUUGCUCCGUAUGCAAAUUAACCUUGGGUGUGUCGUUUCAACAAAUUGACAGGAAAUAUAAUCCUUACAUCUCCCAUUUUUAAGGGAAAAAUAACCCUCCUUUCCACGGAAAAACACAAACCAUGACUUAGAAUUCCCUUAAGGUCUGUUCCUGUAGAGGAAGAAGCAGCUGAAGAAGUUAUGUUUGCAUGGCUAAAAAAAAAAUUAAUUACGGUGGCGUGUCACGUAUUCCUCCAGAGUGGCCGUGUAUCGAUCAGUUCUAUUAUCUUAUGAUCUUUUUUUAAGUCAUAGUUAUUGAUAAUCAUACAAUUUUAUCACUUUUAAUUUUGAUUCUUUGCUGGGUGGAAAAUACUGUGCACUGUUGAUUUAUUCUUUCCACGACCACUUUAACUGUGUCUAUCUCCGAUACUGCUACCAGGACAAGGUUAUGACAGCCCAUGGUGUAAUACACUACAAAUAGCUAUAAAUAGUCACUCGGGCACAGCCACUCUUGUUCAGGAGCACUACUACAAUAUUUUUUAUUGCAGAACCAACAAUUAAUCUUUGGAAAAUAGCUCGCAAACAACUUCAGGAAUACUGUUCGACACCACAGGACCACACCUGCAAAGUCCUUUAGCAGCAUACACAUUUCCUAGAUCCCUAGCUAACUAGGCUACCCUACAAACUUUAGGGUGGUAUUAACAGAGCAUUAUGUUUAUCGCUUAUUAACAACAUUUCAGUAAAAGUUAGGAAUGGUAUGCAAGCAUGUUUACAGUCUGUCACCUGUUAAAUCCCAAGAGUUUUUGCUGCUGUUAAUCACACUAAAUUAAGGAUCCCUAUGUUCACUCCUGAGCUGAUGGAGAAAAGCACGUUCACUCUUAUAUGAAAGACGAAAGUUCGUCAAUUACAUCUCUUUUUCUUUCUCUGGAUUUGAAUGGUUGCCACGUUGAACUGAAGUAAGUUGAUCUUAGUACAGACACGUAAGUUGAAAGCGUCAUAUCAGUGGGUGUUGUUGUCUCAAUUCUUCAGUGAUUUCUGCAACAAGCUUAUGCCUUUCGAACUCCUCGUCUUCUUGUAACAGAUCUCUUUGGUCAAGUUCAAUUUCUGCAGAACCUUGUCUUUUUUUUUGUCAUUGCGAGGGAAGAAAGAAACCUUGCACCUGGCUUUUGGUCAACCAUUCUUCUCUAGUAAACAGCCGAUUGUUUUGUGCAUCUUUGGCUUUGUGCAUAUGGUUAGAAACCUGCAGAGGGUCUGGUUUAUGUCCCGUCUGCUCACCAAGGUCAAACUUCACCGUUAAACAUUUCUUCACUGUGUCAGUAAACGUGGAAGGUCCAGCUCUAGGCUUAACCAAUGCCCAACCCAUACAAACAGCUGGGUCUAAAGGCCAUCGAUCAUGCUGAUCACUUGUGCUUUAGACUCUAGAUGUGCUUGGCAUAUCUUCAGUUAUGUUAACAGCUGUGGUGAACCUUUCCACCAAGUCGGGCCAGAGUUUGUUGCAAAGUAUUUCGGAAUCCUUCCUUUCUUGUUUUAUAAUGUGAUCCCCGACGUUGAGAUGUGACUCCAGCUCUGAAAUGGUUGGGAAACUUUUGACACAUCCGGGUUCUGAGCACUCAAACAAAUGUAGCUGGUUAUGCCUAUUAUCAUCUGAGCUCUCUGACAGGGGCUCUUGACAUUUGUUAACCCGUGUAUCUUUGCAAUCAAAAAACCUGUUAAUGACAAGGUGCGCAGUGCUUUCUUGAGAUUGUGAAAACAACUGGUCGAAAGGAAACUCUUUGCCACCACCUUUCCCUUAUGAUCUCCAGACACGUACACCUUUUUCCUCGAACUGGAAAUUGUGUAGCCUGUUAAAGCCUUCCAUCUUCUUCACUUCUGAUGUCUUCUUGGUCUCAUCAACAGUGCAGAUGCGGGCGAUUGUUCCUAUCACAGAUCUUUCUGACUACAGUGCCCUCUUCUUGUCAGCCGCUGUAAGAAUAUCGUGUCCUUCGUCGCAGAAUCUUCUAAUGCACAAUUUCAUUGGGUAUAAAAUUCUGUCACAUACAUCUUUGCCAUAUUGUGGCUCUGAAUAAUCAUAGCAGCAAACGUCUAUACCCAUCCUCUGACCAAAAUCCUUUACUGCAGCAAUAAGGAAGUUGUUAUGAUAGCAGCCUGCUUCGUCUGACCGCAGAUAGAUCUUAGAAACAUGUGGCUUCUGCCUCUUGAUUUCUUGUAGAAUGUGCUAAGCAACUGAACAGACCGCAAAUCGGUCCUCCUGACAAGCAACAAAGAGGUGAGCAUAAGACUGUAAUUCUAGUGUACCUGCUUUUUCUGGAUCACUGCAAAUGACUCUAGAGAUGUGCCUGCUCAGGCCUCUCUUUCCAUACCAAUCUGACUGCUUCUCACGAUAUCUGAGUUGUAUAAACUUCAUCGCCCAAUCCAUUAUAAGAAGUGCUGAUUCUGGGUUGUAAGCUAUCAUCUUCAACUGAUCUUGCUUUGCUGCUUCUUGAUUCACUGAUCUGAUGCUGUGAGCUUUCCAGUGAAACAUAUUUUUGCAGACCUGCUUGAAGUCGUAGAGAAAUGUUGGUCCUCACAGUGCCAGGAAGAGCCUCUAAUUUGAACUUCUUCUUCAUCAUGAACAUUUUUCAGAUUUUCACAGUAACCGCAAGUUUCUGAGUGUAGAAGAGAACAGAUUUCAUGAAAAUGGGGAUCUUGUUUGUUACUGAGGGCGAAUUUGUAGCAGUGGUUGGGACACGCGGCUUCCUCUGGCUUCCAAUGAUCAUGAUAACCAGUCUUCAAGUAGCGUUUAGCAUCCUAAAGCUUUCUUUUCGUAUAUGUGCACCAUUUUUCUCCAAUCUUGCCUUCUCUAGGCUAUCAAUGAUCAUUUCAACCAUGUGGAAAGCUGCUGAUCAACUAGCAGCGGCAUUGUCGAGACCUUGGAGUGACUUGCUCUGAGAGGCUUCCCAUGCAUCUAGAAUCUUGAAUAACGUACUGCAGCUGAGGGGCUCACACUUUUCAACGUGGCACAACUGCACAUUGAUUGAUCAUUGUCAAGUGUGCAACUGUACGCAUGACAUUUGGCAUUUCCAUAGCUUCACCACUGUCCAGCUUCAAAAGUUUGGUUCUAUAUGAAACUUCUCGGUAGAAAUGUAAGCGAUUAAUGAAUUCAGUGAAAUGGUAUAAUUUGCUCAUGUCAAUACGCACAUGAUAGUACUUUUUUCCACGGAAACAGUACCUGGGCCUAGCAUUCUUGCAUAACAUCUUGCUUGAUUUAUUUGAUGUGUUAAUCAAUAAUUUUCCAUAUUGGUAAUGAAGUUUUUCAGUUAAUCAUUAUUUUAUUAUUAUCAAUAACAAUCAUUUAAAAAAGAUGAUAAUAUCAUAGAAUUGAUUGAUACACCAACACUAUUGUUUUUAAAUCGACCACCACUCUUUAGGAAUGCAUGACAGGCCACAGUAAUUAAGUUAUUUUAAGGCCACGUAAACAUAUAUUCUUCAGCUGCUUCUCCCUCUAAAGAAACAGAUCUUAAGGGAAUUCUAAACCAUGGUUCAUGUUUUUCCAUGGAAAGGAGGGUUAUUUUUCCCUUGAAAAUGUGAAAUGCAAGGAUUUAUAUUUCCUGUCCAUUUGUUGAAACGAUGCUCCUAAGGUUAAUUUGCAUAUGGAGAAUUAAGUCAUGUUCAUCAUAGACAAGAAAAAAAAACAAAAAAGCGACUACCAAGAUUUCUCCAUGUGUUUUCAAAAUUCAAACAUUUCGAGGGUCUAAUGACAUUUGGUGAUGACUAGGUAUGGAAAUUAGUAGAUCUGGCCCCGGUUGUUCAAACGUUGAAUAGCGCUAUCCACUGGAUAAAUCACUAUCCAGCGGAUAAGUGUCAGGGAAACCAAUUGCGCUAUCCAGCCUUUGAACAACCGAGGCCAGAUGUGGACUUACAGCUUUGCAGUGGAUAUGGCGAAUUUUGGAACAUUAACAGAACUUUGUACAGCAUGCAAAGAAGAGUGCCCACAGUUUUUAUUACAUUAAGAAGUAGACUGAUCUUAGCAUAGACUUGAGUCUGGGUCAGGUGCCACUUUUGCACAAUUACUCUUCAGCUAUGCAAAUUACUUUUCCUGCUGAGCAAAUUAAAGGUCAUUUUAAAAAAAUUCAUGUCUCAGCCAACUUUUCACAGAAUGCAACCAUUAAACCUUGAAACUAUUAAUCAGAGUUGUGUGUAAAAUAUUUAGCUUGUUCGGCUUUGUAAGGCAGGUUUGACAGAGCCUUAAAGUUUCAGCAAAAUUGCACCACUUCCGAUGGCAAACUGGCUAGUUUUAGGUGACCUAGAAAAUAUUCCUGUAAUAUAGAGAAAAAAUUAAAUUGGUCCAAGUAAAUGUGAUAUUUCUUUAUGGGAUAGGAUAUUUUUUUCUGUGAUAGCCCAAAAAUUGUCUUAUUGGUUCUUGCGCAGACAGCCUCUUAAUUCAGAUUAUACUUAUUCCAAGACUGAAUCCAAAAACUGGAAGCAAAGAGGUAUAAUAGCUUACCACUGACUGUUCUGAUAUGAUUGAUAUAAUUUAUAUAAAUUUCAUAUAUUUGAACUGUGAAAUAAAGAAAUAAAUGCAACUCAGGAGAUCAACCGAGUUAAAUAUGCAACUUGUACAUUUGUGAAAAGAAAACCUGAAAAACUCAGUCUUGCCAGGAGUUGAACCCCGACUUCUGUGAUACAAGUGCAAGGCUCUAACCAAUUGAGCUAGCAAGCCACGUGUGAGCUGGUCAUUACAUUUGUAAAUUGGUUUGUAAUAUACCCAAGGAAGAUGAAAUAAUGACUAUAUGAAAUUUAAGUAUUUGAAUAAUAUUGUGAGAUGAAGGAAUAAAUGCAGAAAAGAUCAUUACAGUUAAAUAUGCAACGCAUACAGUUGCGGGGAAAAAAGCCUGAAAAAUGCAGGCUGUUGUUACAGUGACUGUUCUGGUGUAAGAGUCCAGUUGACUUAUUAGAGAGAUUAAGAUUCAUGUUUACGGAAAACGGCAAACGUCAGAUUCAAGUUGAGAAUUUCUCAGAAUAGAAAAUAAGCAAAUAAAAACUGUCCAGAGCAAUUCUCAUGGAUAAAUCUGACCUGAAACUACUUAUUUCUGUGUAGUAGUAAUAAACAGUAAGUGACAAUUAAGGGGAAAACUUCGUCAUGUGGUGCAAAUUCACAUUUGCCGUUUGACGUAAACGUGAAUCUUAAUCUCUCUAUUGUCAGAAUACACGUUGAAGCCACUUUGAAGCAACCCCUCAAAAUAGCUGGAUAUUUGGACGUUUUGUUGGUAAAAUCCACCUCCUAGGUUAAACCAGUGUUCAACCAAGAAUGUUGUUGUUGUUGUUGUUGUUAGAACUCUAGUAAAGAGCUAAACCUUAAAGACUGAGCACUGGUUUAACCUGAGAACAGUUUGACCUGCAAUGUGUCUGUUACUGGUCAAAAUUAUAUUCAGGUUAAAUUUUUUUUACCUCGGUUGUUUCUCAAUUUCCUUUUUCUCCUGGUCCUAAUUCAUGAAUAAUUAGGGCUAGGAGACCAAAAAAAAUGAGAAUCAACCAAGGUUAAAACAUUUUAACCUGAAUUUUAAUUUUGACCUUUAUGCUAUGCUGUCUUCAACAUUAUUUGACGAUCGCAUAGAAUUCGUACAGCAACUAUCUACUACUCUUUACAACACUGGGAUUUUCCAUAUCCCACCAUGCUCUUGGGUCUCAGCCCCAGACUUCCACGUCCCAUACUCUCCCCUGCCGACGAAAAUGGCAUCCUGACAUUAUUUUACAUCGAUCAUACAAUUAGCACUAACUGGCAUCGACAACAAUGAAGGAAACAAAAUGGAGGACCUGGGCCUAACUUUGGAUGUGUAAAAAAACUAACAAACUAACUAACAAACCAAAAAAAAACUCGGGUCUAUGAACUUGUGGGACUGUAAAAAACUAAUUUACAUGAGAAAGUUCCGACCAAAGUCCACCCUAAGAAGAAGAGUAACCCCAGGAGUGAGGGAGUUCUAUUCAGUUCUGCCCCCUUCACAGUCAUGUCCUAAUGGUUUAGUCUGAAGUAGCACAGGUCUGCAUUGCACUGCUGCUACCAUUGCUGUCCAUGUCCAACUGAGCAUCCGGUGAUGCUGGGCUUUCUGGGCUGCUCGUCGCUGGUUCUGCUGCUAUAUCUUGUGGGACAACUGUCGGAGGCGGUGAGUUAUCACCCGCUGUCUGUGUCACACUGAGCAGUAGAGUAUGCAUCUGCCCCUUUGUCAAUGUCUUCUUGGUCCCUGUGUAGUCGUUGGCCAAUAGAUGGGGCAUGUGGUGUACUCACAGUAUACCCCUCACCUGAACUUUCCUGGUCCUCUUUGACAUGAUUUGGUGGCACAGCACUAGUGGGCUGACAAGUUUUGUCCCCUACUUUCUUGAGGGAAGGUGGGGUUUCAAGUGGCAAUGCUUCACAAGGAAGGAGCAAAUUACAGUGUAGUGCUCUCUGUUUGCCCCGUCCACCUUCUCGCCUCACCCAAUAGACGGGACUGUCUGCUAUUCAUUUCUCAAUGAUGUGUAUCUGUUCUUCCCAAUGUUAACAAAGCUUCCCUGGUCCUUCACUUUCUGACAAAUUUUGGACAAGAACACAAUCGCCAGGUUGCAGCACCAUGCUGUGAUAACCCUCUAAACACUAACAAUUCUCCAUGUAUCUUUGGUAUGCGGCAGGGGCAUUUUUCAACCCGAACGGAAUGCGGUUCCACUGAUAUAAGCUCCAAGGUGUGAUAAAUGCUGUCCGGUGGCGAUGUUCCUCAGCUAUGAAGCCUUGAUGGUACACUUUUCCUUGGCCAAGGACUGUGAAGUAGGUAUUACCACUGCAGCUGUUUAAGCAUGAAAUUAACAAGAUACCUUCCCUUGCCUUCUGAAAGGCAUGGGAAUGCAGUUUGUACAAGUCAGGUCACGCCAUGUUUGGUACCGAUGCUGCUCCCUUGUUUUACUACCUCUUCGAUGACAUUAAAUCCAAUAAUGAGAUAUUCUUGGUUAUCUUGCCUACCCACUAGAAUGGGCACUAUUAUUGGCUCUGACUGUCCAUAUUCCCCAACCAACUGAAAUACUACCUCAAUCCAGCCAUCAUACAAAAGUGCACUACCAUUUUGCAACCUUCAGGUCCAGUUCACGUUCCCCCAAUAACUCACUUUUAUCUCUCUCUGGCAGAUCAGGUAGAUAGGUUUCCUUCCGUGACUUUGAUAUAAUGCAAACUUGAGCACCCGUGUCCCAAAGGGCAUCAACCUUCUUCCCUUGUAGUAAACAGCUUUCAAUGCACCUUCUCCUUACCCUUUCCCUGGAAAUAUGCCCAGUUUUGCCUCGUGAUCUCCAGCAAUUAUUGUCGCUGAAAUGACCACUCCUCCGCUAAAUAAAGCAAUGGGUGCAUCACUCCCUAAAGCCUUCUCUUAGACAAUCUGCACACCCUCUGGGCUGUGCCCUCUCUUCAUUUCUGAACCUGUAUUGAUCUGGGGUGGUGAUGCGAUGUUGGCUCCCUAUGGACUCCCUAAUGGCAGCAAGCUCUGCUUUCAUUUCCUGUACUUCUGUAAGAAGGUUGGGUUUUGCUUGCUUCUGUUGAUGGUGUCUCCUUGGUAGGGGUUACUUUAGGUACAAGUGGUACAGGGUUUGUACUUGUAGCAAGCCCAUGAAGUGAACCAAGUUUUUGCUGACAGCUCCAUUUAGUUUUUCAAACAGUUCCUCAACUGUAACAUGAGUGUUUUGGAGGUUUGGCUUCAACUCCAAUUUAAUACUGUCACUUGGAAGACCCGUCAGCAAUGAGUAUGAGAGCAUGCUCUGAACAAGUUUGGGGUCAUACUUCAAAUCAGAUUCUGCCUCUUGUGAAGCAAAUAGUACUUUCUGUUUGAGGUUAAGAAGGCAAACCAAGAAGUCCUAGGGGGUCUCCCCACCCUCUUGCAGCCCAGAACUAAGUAACUGGUACAUUUCAGUAGCUUCGAUUCUUUCUCUUGAUAGUGUGAUCUAAGGAUCUUGCAUACAUUUGCUAAGGUCAGAUCAGGCUUACCUUCCAGGUAGCUCCUUAACCUCAAUCCAGGAUUCACUUCAUGGAUAACUGCCUCUAUUACAUCCUCUUCUUUGUAUCCACGGUUUAAUCCAGCGUUAAUUUGACGGGCCAAGCUAGUAAAGCUGGGUUGGUCUUUCUGAUGCGAAUCUCCGAUCUGGCCAGAAAUUUUAAACUUCUUUUUAAACGUUGUCAUGGUAGAAACUUCUCAUGGACACUCGCACUGGCUCCCGCGUCUGACUUUUGCAUCGCAGUUGCAUCGUUCGUCGUCCGGUUCACUUUUAAACUUUGUUGCCGAUCCUUCUGCCCCCUUCUGCUCGACCACAACUCUCAACUCCUUCAACUUCUUAAUAUCCAGUUCCUCAGCAUCCAAUUAUUUUGUCACAGUUUGAAUUAGAGCGAGGCAGCCUGUGUCUUUCUCCUUCAAUUCGAUGUGCAACUCUGUGCAUAGUUCUCGAAGGAAUGCUUCACUGAGGCGACAAAUCGGCCCUCUCAGCUCAAUUUGUGCCUCCUCAAUUUGCUCGGGUUUGUUGGCCUUUUCCUUCAGUAUUUAAAUCAUGUCGAGGUCACCAAAUGUUACGCUGUCUUCCCUCUCCUUUAACUUUAUUUGGCGAUCGAAUAGAAUCCAAACAGCAACAAUUUACUACCCUUUACAACAGCGGGAUUUUCCAUAUCCCACCAUGCUCUUGGGUCUCAGCCCCAGACUUCUACACUCUACAUGUAACAUACAUGUAUAUCCACAUAUCACAGUCUACAUAGUAUGGCAAUUGCCAUACACAGUUUUCCUGUUUUAAAACUUAAAACUCAAAAAAGUUAACUUUAUUUAAAGAGGGCAUGGGCACGUGACACUUUCAAUAACCAAUAAACCACUUUCCAGAUCAGAUUUUAAUCUGGACAUGUUAGUUUUUUAGAAAGGGAAAACCUGUUUUACUCUGAGAUUAAUCUUUGGAGCAGAGAAGAGAACUGACCACAUAAUGUUUUGGAUGCUAGGACUUGAAUCAAAGCCUCAUUAGUGGGAGGCGAGCGCUUUCACAAAUGCACCACCCCCACUCCCCAAGCUUAUAAUACUCUUAGUAUGAAAUUGUCCUAUGCAUUUAAGAUACCACUGAGUUCUGCUAAACUCUGCAGACAGGCUUACACAGGAAAAAUAAAAGAAUUCCCAAUAUCUUGAAAUUGGGGUUACUUUGGUUCUAACUUGGGCCUAACUUGGGUCUAGUAUGGAAUUAAACUUGGGAACUGUUUAUUUCCCAAAGUAAUACCUCAAGUUGGGAAAUGGGAACAACUCCCAAGUUAUUCCCAACCUGUGCUGAAAUAGGGAAUUGUUAAAUCAACAAUAUAGACCCAUAUUUGACCCAAAUGUAGGGUCUAAUUUGGGAUAUAUUUACCCCAAGUUAAACCACAUUUAGUCCCAUAGUAGAGUUUAUCUGAACCCAGGUUUGUCCCAAAGUCAUAUCCAAGUGGUCCCAAAUAGUGUCAGAAUUGGGAAAAUAACAAGGACCUUUUAGCCUCAUAUAGUCCCACAAUUGGGUCAAACUGAUCCCAUCUUUUAUUCCUUGUUCCAAGCGCUGUUCAAGUUCUUCCUAAAGGACAGGGUUAAACAGCAAUAAUUUAUUUAGUUGUCACAUCUAACUUUCCCUGCUAGCAGAGGUCUCUCACGACGAGGCAAAAAUGAGAGAAAGGAGAGAGACUCUCUCCUUUCUCUCAUUUUUGCCUCGUCGUGAGAGACCUCUGCUAGCAGGGAACAUCUAACUAAAACACCAAACUGAUUUUGAUAUGAAAAUGUCAUUCUUUUAUUUACAUAAACUGGAAACACUUACAAUUCGUAAUGUGGUAUUUAAGAGUGUAAAUUUACAUACAAUUCCAAUUUCGUUACAUCAAUCAUUCACAAAAACUGUACAAUGUUCCUGAAUUACUUGCCAAUAAAAUCCACUUGCAAAGUCCUCGAUCCCCGAAAACAAAUUCCUCACAAGAAGCCUUACACAAAGUUCCCACGCACAGUCCUGCGUUGUUCCUUAAAUAGAUUCCAUCCAGCGGGCCUUUGAUGACAAAACUUGAAACAAAAUCCGCAAUAAAAGUUCCUGAUUCGUACUUAACAGAAUCCAGUAAUCUUGUGAAAGCCAAAUCCAAAAGUCAAAUCCCGUGAAUAAAGGCAAUCCGUAAAAAAUCCAUUCCGUGACAAUCGCCGUAAUGGAAUUAGUAGUCCGCACGUAAACAUGUUUUUCAAAAUCCAAAAUCCAAAAGUUCCCAGAAAACCGCUUCAAAAAUGUUCACAAUUCAUUGCUUCAAGUUCUCAAAACUCUCAAAAGGCAAGGGGAAAAAUAGCAAGUACAUCUGCUGUAAAAAAAACCCCUCAAGACAAAAAUUCAAAAUGGCAAAAACGUUUUGGCUGAAGACUGCGUACUAUGUAACAAUUCAAAGGUGUUCGAUUGCAGAGGAUCGAAAUACACCAAUCAGAGAAAGGCAUUUUAAUUGCCUGUUUCCCGAGAGGUCCGCUUAUGCUGAAUUACUGCUUUGUGAUUGGCCCAUCAAUUUUAUUAUUCUUACAUAUACUUUUAACUGAAACUUUUUCAAAAUUGGUUGAUAAUUUUACAACCUCUGUGUUUCAAAUGCCUAAAAGUAUAAAAUCCUUGCCCAGUUGUUAUUUUAAAAUCAAAUUUCAUUUUUCAACGGGUUCUCCCCAGGACUUUUUCAGUAAGAAGUAGCUUUGAACAUAGCUGUGUUCAAGCUUAGGUUUGCAAAAUUUUUAGGUAUAAAUUUUUCUGUUGCAAGACUAGAGAAGAAAAUUAAGCGACUUAUUUACAGUGUAAGACAAAAAAUGUUUUUGAUUUAAGAAGAUUACAAAACUCCAGCCCUUGUAACAAAAAUAAAAAGAAGAAAUGCUGUCUUAAAACAAGAUCCUUAUACUUAAUUCAAGCUUUGUCUUAAAACCAUUUUCGGCCUCUUAAAACGUUUGUAAAUCAAUAUUUUUCCUUCUUAAAACAAGGAUGUUGUUCUUUGAUUGAAGUGACUAGUUCUUAAUUUAAACGGACCAACUUUUAGAGUAAGUAAGAAGAGUUUAUCCCACUCAACAUGAAUUUUUGUUAUUUUGGGGAAAAUGUUAUGCUGGUGCAUCUUCUUUUUCUGUCUUCCUUUUCUUUAACACAAAUUGCAAAAAUUACCGCACACCACAAAACAGUUAAUGCUGAGGUGAGCAUGUCCCAAUUUCACCCACAAAAAAUGUGUUUGCACGAAAUAGUCCCAAAGUAGGUGUGACUUAAUUUUUAUGAACCCUAGUUAUCCCCACUGUUAUCAGCUGAAGUAGCAAAUUUUGGGACUACUUUGGGAAACAUACAUUGGUAAUUACAAGAAAUGAAAUUUACUCUCAAAAUAUACCCAACUUUGGCCCAAGAAUAACCGAGUCCACCCCAAAACAGUUAAUGUUGGGGUGAGCAUGUCCCAAUUUUGACCCAUAAAAAAUGUGUUUGCACGAAAUAGUCCCAAAGUAGGUGUGACUUAACUUUUAUGAACCCAAGUUAUCCCCAUUGUUAUCAGCUGAAGUAGCUAAUUAUGGGACUACUUUGGGAAACAUACAUUGGUAAUUACAAGAAAUGAAAUUUACUCUCAAAAUAAACCCAACUUUGGCCCAAGAAUAACCGAUUACACCCCAAAACAGUUAAUGUUGGGGUGAGCAUGUCCCAAUUUUGACCCAUAAAAAAUGUGUUUGCUUGAAAUAGCCCCAAAGAAGGUGCAAAUUAAUUUAUGUAAACCCAAGUUAUCCCCAAUGUAAUAAGCUGAAGAAACUAAUUUUGGGGCUAAUUUGGGAAACAUAUAUUGGGAAUUAUAAGUGGAGCAUUUAACUCUUAAAGUAAAACCCAACUUUGCCCCAAGAAUAACCCAACUUUAAAAGUUGGGAAUUAUUAUUUCCCAAGUUAGAACCAAGUUUGACCCAAGUUGGGAUUUGUCCAAUGUUUCCUGUGUUAUUUCCACAAAUAUGUAAAAUUGGUCAGUGAAACAGUUCCAAAAUCUAUGUCCUGGGCCACCACUUUUGUACCAAGUUUUGAGUAUGUGCCACGAUUGGCCUGUUAAAUCAGCCAUGGUCAAUUUGCCAAUCAGGUUGAAGGGAAAUUUGAAAAGCAUUUCCAGUAAUUCAUUGAGCCUGUUUGGGACCCACAACAAGGAUAUCAGCCCUGCUAGACAGACAUCACUAACAGGGUUUAGAUUACGUCUGCGAAGCAGGGUAGGUUUUCCAGCGGGGAUACAGCUAAACCCUUUAAGCCCAAAGAGUGAUCAGCAUCAAAUUUCUCCUUGUAACAUCAAUGCUUUGUAAAACAGAGUGGUCAUGAGAAUUACGGACUUGAUCACACAAGAUGAAUUUGCUUGAUAUUUUAUCAACUUCUCCUGACUAAUUCUGUAGGAAAUGAGAAAUGAGAAUUCAAAUUUUGAUGUUACGUGUACUCUGACUAGCUGAUUGGUUAGCCUUACCUAAAGUAUAUCUCAAGAAAAAGAAGACAUACUUUAAUGGAGAGUUUUCAUGACAAGCUGAAUAAACAACUUUCCUUUAUAACCUCAAAAAGUAUGACACACUAUUCCCCUCAUUGUGUUUAGUGGCUCAUCAUUUUUGAUAUUCUUGAAAACUCCACCUUUCUUUAAACAGUUAUAUUUCAAGGAAUCUGAUCAUGCUUGACUUUUGAAGGAUUCUACUCAUUAUCUUGUCCAUACUUUAUGCUUUAUUCACAGCCUCGAAGUCCUGGUAACAUUAACCCCAGAUGUUGGCAAAAUUUUAUCAUCCCUGCAUAGAGUCCAAUUUAAGGGAGCAAUAAACUUCCUAACAGCAGUUAAAAUAGCCCAUGUAAGUGUUUAUCAUUUCAAUUUGUUUAGUUGUUACAGUGCGACCGGGAAAACCGUGAACACUUGAAACAUCUCAGGAAUGGUUAUUGUGUUAUGACCAAUCACAAAGCAAAGAUCAAGACACUUGAACUGGCCAGGAAACCACAAACUAAUUAACAUUCUUGCUUGCGGUUUAGUUUUCUCACACCUGAUUGGCUUUUCUCUAGCAAAACAAUAACAUUCCCAAAAUAUUUCUGGUGUUCUACUGUUUUCCCGGUCUGACUGUAAAACCAACGCUAAUAGUCCCAACCCAUAAAUUGAUUUCAUAAACGUUGAUUUGCCCUCAGACCCAGACAUUCAUUUGGCAGCUCUAAGCACUUUAUGGAUUCCAAAAAUUGUUUCCAUCUCCAGACUUGAAAAGAAAUAAGAGAGGAAAGUUGAUCACGUCUGACCAGUCAAAAUAUUUAAACUAACACAAUAACUUGAAGGUACUAUAGUGUGGUACAACUACUGUAGCCUAACAACCAAAUGGUGAUCUUGGACAGACAUUGUCCGUUGAUCGGCUGUUAAUUUGAGCCAAUCUCUUCUUGGGGGAUUGUUUUAGGAUUCUUUACUUGGCUUCUACAAGUCAUGUGUGUGUUGUUUGUAAAAUUAGUUAUCAAGUUAAACCAGAAUUGCUUUUGUUUCCUAUGAGUAAUAAGGGGCUAGGAAAAAAAGGAAAUUUUGAUUCGAACUAUUUUGAAUACUGGUUUCACUUGAGAAUAGAUAUACAUGCAAUGUAACAUCUACUUCCAACUUGCACGCAAUGGACGUCCCUGGGAACAGUCUUCUCUUGAUUAAUACAAGUGAAAAAUCUCUAUUUUAAGUUGUCUUGCUAGUGAAUUGAUGCUCAUUAUUUACAUUUCUUCUGUAUUUUUUCUUUUUUUCACCUUUCUGUUUUCCUACUUUUCCGUUUUCUUUACUUUACUUUAAAAAAUGAAUUUUUAAGUAUUAUUUGGUGCAUUACAACCUCAUUUGCUCAUUACAAGUUUAACUAAGGUCAGGAGACAUGUCUGUAUGAAAGGAAGAGACGCAUGGAUUUAACUUUUUUGUGGUCCAAGGCUGGUUUGUAAAAAGUAUCGUACUGAUUUGACUGAACUCUGUGAGGUAUUGCCCUCAAAACAAACAAAUGAAAAACAGCUUUAAUCUGCCAGCUAUUGAUGUUCCACUUGUAGAGAAUUGGUCAAAAAAUGUUUUGGCUCACUGCCUUCCCUCUUUUUCCUUUUUCUUUCCAGUUGGUACUGAAACACAGACAAGGAAAAAAUCACAAAAUGAGAAUUGUGGUGUUUGUAGGAAGUCCUGUUGAAGCUGAUGACAAAGAUGUAAGUUGGAUUUACAAGUUAAGCUUUUUCAUUCUUGAAUAAUAAUAAAUUAUAAUAAAACACAAGUAAAUUCAGGAUUGCCAUUGUCAGGGCAAAAACUCGUUGGGAAAAAUAUUUUAAGGUAAGAGAAAGGGGGCGAAGGGAAAGUCUUGUGGUCAGAGUCAGUGAAGAGGGAAUUUUAUUUAGUCUCAGCAUGUCAUGGGGUUUUGUAAAAGCUAAAAGAGGAUAAUAUCCUCUAAAGAAUUUUAAUUGUGAAAGGUUUGAACCCAGGAGUCAUUUCAAAAGAACGUUGAGUUUGAUCGUCCUGGUGAACGUAGUCCUGAAGAGGACUGUUGUUGUUGACAGUGACUGAAGUUUCGACAACCUGUGCGGUGGUCAUCUUCAGAGUCAAAGGGAGUUGUAUUACGUCAGUUGAUGGUAUAAUCAACUUGUAUCAUGUCAGCUGAUGGUAUAAUACAUUUCAAAUUUAAUCCUCGAAAUUUUGUUUAAAAAAUCCAAAUCUAAUAAAAAUGUUAAGAUAAAGGAAAUGAAACAAAAAAUACUCACUACCUGUAAAAAAGGUCAAGGGGAAUGUGCAAAUAUGUAAGUCCAGGAAAACCUAUUUGAAGAUUGAUCGCUAUUACCUCGUUUUAAUGUGCGGCAACCCUUAUAACGCUAAAGUUCCGAGUGAUAAGUACCCAUAUUUGGAUCACUGUCAGAUGGAAGAUAGCAUUCAAGGCAGUGAGCAUCAACUUAUCAGUGCAUGCAACGUAUUUGAAGGCAGAGGUAGCCUUUAAAUUAUAGCCACUUCUCAUGGCCCUUUGCCCCAAGGGAUAUUUAAGGAGAAAUUACUGUCUCUAAUUAAUGUGGUGAGUGAUAUGAAAUUGCUGUAUUUACCGGUGUAGGUGGAGGUUCUCAGUUUUUUUUUUUCCAAAUUUCUUUACAAGUGUGCAAAAGUCAAUCAAAAUAUGGCACUCUUAACAAAAUAUUCAUUGUGAAAGGUUUGAACCCAGGAUUUUUGACUCUGAAGAUGACUGCCGCACAGGUUGUCGAAAUGUCGGUCACUGUCAACAACAACAUUCCUAUUCAGGAUUAAGUUCACCCGGACGAUCAGACUCAACCUACUUUUAAAAUAUUCAUUAUUUGUCCAUGAUAACGGUAAGCAACAGCACACCAUUCUGACAGCCUAUGAUGUAAAGUUGAAGUCGCCGGCAUUCUUACAUGCCAAUAAAAUAUCUUAUAUGUAUUAUGUAUUUUAUGUUUGUAGCUUGUCAAGCUAGCCAAGAAGCUGAAAAAGGAGAAAGUGAAUGUAGAUGUUGUUAACUUUGGAGAGGAGGUAUGAAUCUUGUUAUUAAGGUCUUUGAUUGCAUUUUACUACAAUCACAAAGUUUUGUCUGAGUUAGAGCAGUAGUUUUCAAAUCAAAAUUCGUGCUCUAUCAAAUAUACCCAUUAUCUCAUUGUUCAUUUGUUUGAAUGACUCAAUAAAGUUUUGAAUUUUUUGGGGAAAGUACCUGUUACAAAUGAGUCAACUGCUUGUAUUUAUAAGCCGGGUGCUUAGAUUUCAUCUAGUAAGGGUUUCAACCAGUUGGUGGAAUCCUAAAUAAGCCUCUAGGGCAGGGCUCUUACUAGGCCGCGGGCCAGUUAUUUCUUCUGGCUUCUGAGAGCAUCACGCCCAACUACUUUCUCAGGAAACAAAAGAAAAGUAGAAAUCCCUUGCUGUUUAAUUCCUUACCUACUUAUUAAAUUAUACCUGGCAACUUUAAAUUAAUUCCUUACCUACUUAUUAAAUUAUACCCAGCAACUUUAAAUCUUGCACACGGUCCUGUUCUGGGUCAUGUUUGUUGGGUUACACGUACAGGAAUACGGUCAAUUCUCCAUUAACGGCACAUCUCUACAACAGCCACUUUUUGGCGGACAGCCCAAACAUUGACUCUUCAUUAAACCUCUCUACAAUGGCCACUUCUUCUGUCCCCAAGGUGGCCAUUGAGGAGAGGUUUAACUAUAGUAAUAAGGCAUGUGACUGUGAAAAAUGAAUACAGUCGAACCUCGCAGUCAUUUAACGGGACUUUUCGAUUAUCCGUUUUUUUCCUGAUCCCGUUAUUGUCUUCAGUAUUCACAAGAUGUGAUCUUCAAAAAUUGAAGCAAUUAAAAGUUCACUAAUCCUUCCAAACGUGUGUUUAAAACACUGUUUUAAUCUGUUUUGAACAGGAACACUUGAAAAAGUAACUUUUUUUAUUUGUAAAUACAUACCGUAAUACAUACAGACCGUACAUAAAUGCAAGUAGGAGCUAAUUCACAAUUAAAUUUUGUUUUCUUUAUUCCCUGUGUUUGCAGUAUUGCCUCAUUAAUAUUCAUAUUUUCGAUUAUCCGGACUCGCGAUUAUCGAGACUAUAUUAAUAUACUCAAGUCCCAACGAGUCUGGAUAGUUGAUGUUCGACUGUAUCAAUAAUUAAGUAAAUAAAUAAAAUGCUUGGUUAAAAAAAACACUGGGACACUGGGCUAAAAUGCACUCUGAGGUCAAGCAAAUUCCAGAUCCUAAAGCCAAGUUCUGCCUCAAAACCUGAGGACUUAAAUCGAGAAAAAUACAGAAUACUUUUUUUCUUUCUCAGACGAUAAAUUCAGAAAAGCUGACGACAUUUAUCAACACCAUCAAUGGUAAGGAUGGCAACUUGUGUCACUUGGUAACUGUACCACCAGGCCCGCUGUUGUCUGAUGCCCUCAUUUCAUCCCCCAUACUUCAAGGUGAAGAUGGAGCAGGGCCAGGAAUGGAGUAUGCCUCGGAGUAUGGCUUUGAUCCCAACUCUGAUCCAGAGCUUGCACUGGUGAGUGGUUCCAAGAGGUUAUCUGGGUUAUCUGUAACGAGAGAUCUUAAUAAUAUGGAUAACCUCUUGACCCUCCUUCAGGAGUCGUAAUCGCUUCCUGUAAACAGUGUAUGUCACGUUUAAGGAAAUGUGGGGAGAUAAGUUCAGAGAAUUUGUGUGUUGAUAUUGGGGCGCAAAGGGUCAGUGCAGAAACACAACAACAGGCCUGCCAUGGUUUUUUUUUAAGUUAACAGUUUAUGUCUUAAAUAACAAAACUGGAACAUUUUUUUUUCAUUCAAUUAAUGCAAAGACACAUUUUAAGCUUUUCAAAAAGCUAGUAAAUAGCGUGAAAUAGCCCCCUUAAACAGUGGAAUUGAAAAGGUUGCAUUUAUUUUUUAGGCUCUUCGUGUGUCCAUGGAAGAACAGCGUCAGCGACAAGAGGAGGAAGCCCGGAGAGCCACAGCGGUCAGUGGCGAUGACACGCCCACCCCCCAGGCUCCCAUUGCAGACAGUGAAGAAGCAAUGCUUCAACAGGCUUUAUCCAUGUCUACUCCACAGACACCAGUGUUUGAUUUCAGUGCUAUGACGGAAGAGCAGCAGAUAGAGUAUGCCAUGAGGCUGUCGCUUCAAAACAUGGAGGCAGAGUCAGGGGCUGACGGUGAGAAGGAUGUAGAAAAAGACAAAGAUGAGAAGCAAGAACAGGUUGGAGCCACUGCUAUGGAAACAGAUACACAGGUCUGAGUUCUCUUCUUACUUUUCUUUUUUAUUGAAAGGUGCAGUAGUUUUCGAGUAUCUUAUUAUAGAAAGUUAACGCUGCAUGAAAUGAACGCGAAUUUCAAAACAAAUUCGCGUGAAUUUAAGUCGGGACGGGGGUUGAAUUUAAGUCGGGACGAGGUUGUUUCAGCUCAGCUGUUUUUGUUAGAGCUGGCGAAAAUUGCGGAAAAUAUCCGCAAGAAGAAGGAGCCGAACUACUGCCUUAAAAAGUAGCGUGAACAGAAAAAGAAUUUCGAAUAGACUUAACUAAUUUGCCCAGUAGGGAUGGGGUUACUCCUGGGAAUUCUUGGUGGGGUGCGCCGCCCGGUUCUCCAAAUCCUGACCUUAUUUCAGACCCAAAAAUGUCAUUUUCCAUACCCGUUUUCAGACCUGGCCUUUAGGCAGAAAUUACUUCAUCAUUACCUAGAUCAGAGCGCAUGCAAAAAAUCUCUUCAAAUGCAUUUCGAAUUUGCAUAUUUCUAUUUUUCUUAUUCAUUUGGAAUUGAAACGAUAAAUACUUUCAUACGUUCCCGUAGUUCCCUCGAAAACCAUACCCGAUUCCAGACCAAAAUGGGCAAAGUCUAGGCCCGUUUUCAAACCAAAAAGGCCCCAAAACCUUACCCCCUGGGACUGCAUUUACCUAUACGGCUUAUAUAAGGGAGUACCCCCCCCUGGUAAUUUGCUGAGGAACUGCCAAAUGGAGAUGGGAACUUAACUUCGAUCGAGGUAAGCAUUUUUUCUUAAGUAAGAAUUAUUUUAAAUGAAUAAAACAAUUAUUGAAUGCGGCUUUCGUAUGAUCCGAAGAAUUAUUUAGAUCGAGGAGGGUGUUUAAUAUUUUACUCGGAACUCCUUAAUUCUUUGGAUCAGGGGAGCUCCCCCUGCUUUGGAUCAUACUUAGCCUCAUUCAUUAAUUAACGUUGCUAAACAUCCCAUAAAAGUCUGAGUUAUCUAAUUUAGUUCUAACGUUUGAGCCUUUCGACAUAACACUAUCGCGUUGCAAUUCAAAUGAGACCCCUUCUUCCCUUUUUAGUAGUUCAUAAAAACAUUUCAAACGUGUGAUACUCCUGAAUUUCGUUUUGGAACGCCCUUGGGAAAGUGGCCUAGAGCAAGCUGUUUGGGGGACCCAGGGAGGCGGGGAAAAAGGUUUUCUCUCCCGCGCCCCGAUUCCCCCAUGGAGCUACAAUCUUGGAUAAAAAGUGUUAACAAUUUUGCACUUCCUUACCCACAGAACGCCUAUACUGCGGAUUUGGCACCGCUAUGGCCCCUCCCCUCGCCCACGCUGACCUUGUUUUCUUAGUCGGGAUCAAAAAUGAGCCAGCCGGACUUCAACAUUUUUGUUUUGGGGGGGAAGGGGAAGUAUUUGUAGUUGCCAGUGCUUUCAGGAGCUUUAUCUUAAACUAGACAUAGUAACGUCCAUUUUUCUCAACAUUUUUGUCCAAGAUUGUAGCUCGCAGGCUAGUGGGAAAGAAGUGCAGUGUCUCUGUAGUGACAUUUGUUUUAUUUCUUUUUCUUUUUUGUGUGUGUAUAUUCAGGGAGAUGGGACUCAGGACAUCACAGAAGUCAUGUCCGAUACGGACUUCAUUCAAAACGUUCUUAAGAAUUUACCCGGAGUAGAUCCCAGCAGUGAAGCCAUUCAAAAAGUCAUGGUAUCACUCGCUCAGCAAGAUAGCGAAGAUGCUAAAGGCAGAGAUGACCAAGAUGAGCCCAUGGGCGAGGAGGACACCGACAAAGACAAGAAAAAAGACAAAGAAUAACCACCGUCUCUCUCUUUGUAAAUACGCUUUGCGCUUA